AUUCCUAAGGCUAUUUACCAGGAUGGUUACAGGACUAUGCGGACUAUGCGUAGAGACGCUGAACCCAUCAUAUCCCACCGCCGCAAGGACGGCGGAAAUCAUGGCCAGGUACCGCCCCAUAGCCCCGAAGCCGGCGGAGGCUUCUUCCUCCGCCUGCCCCAACUCUAGCAAUAACAACGAUGCCGGCCUGCCGCCGAGCAUUAGCCGGUCCCCUUUCCUCAGAGACGUGUGGGCCCAAUUGCAGGCCCGGCCUACCCGUACUAGGAAGCGGGGUAGGUCCGCCGCCCUUGCCCCGCCCCACCUGCCCCUCAUCAAGCGCCCCAGGCCGCCUUGCUUCCAGGGGAUCUCUCCCCCUCCCUUCCGUCUCAUCUCCUUCAAUAACGGCGGUUUCCCUGCCCUCCCCAAACUCGUAUCCCUGAAAUGCGGUUUUGACCGUCCCGUUUCCACUAUGUCCAGCUCCAUUUCUGUCCCCUCCCUUCCUCGUGAGGAAGAGAGGGGCGGAAUAGACCUGAACAGGGCGGCUGUGGAUGACGAGGACUUCAGCUGUCCUGUCAGGCCCCGCCUGGUUCGCCCGGUGGGGUCCUGCAUUUACGUGGGGUCCAUCACUCCGGCCGCCGCCGAGGAAAAAGACAAAGAAGGAGAAGUAGAAAAACAGGGGAGGAAAGGGAAGAGGAAGAGGUUGCAGGGGGAGGAGGUGGAGGAGGAAGUGGAGACGGAGGUGCUGCCGGCGGUCGUCUCCGACUCGAAGAACAAAGUCCGGCUGGCGAACUCGGCGUACAAGGAGAUGGUGGGUCAGCCGGAGUGUUGCUGGCUGGACUACACGAGUCCCGGCGGCGGAAAGGGGACGGGGAGGAUAGGAGGGGAGGUGGUGCUGCACUUCUUGGAUUCCGGCGUUUUCCCGACCUCGUCGGAGCGGUUCACUUGCUGGGUGAGGAUUGAAUGGCGGUGCAACGAGAAGAAGAACUCCGUUAGGGCUUUUUGUGACGCCGUGAAGUUGGGCUGCCAGUCCAGGGACUAUCUCUUUGAGUGGAGGUUCCACCCCACAGAGACUUCUUCUUCUUCCUCGGAAUUUCAGGUUUGAAGAGGACUGAAAUUGUCCAAAGUUGGGACCUUUUUCUGCAAAAUUAAAAAUGUUGCCGUGGGGGUGUAAAUAGAAUAUAUAGGGAGUACCAGUUAGAAAGUGGAAAAUUACCAAGUAAAAUAUUCCGUUGUGUAGAAGCGCUUAAUUAGCGGUGGAAUAAUAUUUAAACAUUUUGGUAGCAUGUAAUGUAAAUUAGCCGCUGCUAUUCCAUUUCUGGUUGAACUGUAAAAUUGCGCUUCUGUAAUUAUAUGAAUGAAUGUUAUGUUAUUUU